GUCUUGAAUGUUAUUUAUUUAACGUCAAGUGGCAAAUAUUUCAUACAUGUUCAGGACAAAAAAUAAUUAACAGUACAUACAUUAGGUAGGCUCUGUAAAAGAGGUCGACCGAAUUUCUUGAAAUUUGGCCUGGCACUGGACAAUGAGGAUAUUUAAAAUUGGAUAGGGACAGAAAUUUAGUCUUGCAACAGGCCACCCAUGAACCCCUCAAAGAGAUGUUGCAGUGUUUCUUAACGUGCAGAGAGCGUGUCACUCUCUUCACGAGGCAUCUAUGUUCACGUCCUUGUUCUGACUGGACGUAGCUGCGAACUUGUACAUCCCGCACAGUAAAACGGACGCCUUACUUAGGCAAGAGUUUUGAUGCUGAUCAGAAGAAGACCAAUAGUGGAAUGACCCGAUGAUAGCCCAACUCAAGAAGUAUACCCAAGUAUCUCCUUUUAUUCAGGAUAUUGUGUGUCGGAAAAUUCAUAAAAAAAACUUUUAUAAUACGGAAACAUGAAAGAAAUAAGGAAAAAACUAUUUGGAAACAUAUGGACAAAUGUUAAAUGCUUAGACGAGAUAGAAAUAUGGGAAACAAUAUGAUAUAAUCAAGUUAUAUAUUAUUUUAAUUCAUUCUGUUACUAGUCUCGAGACAGAAAAUGAUUUAAUGUAAUGUCAAGAAAAAGUAUUGAACAACUGAACAUAUCGAUUCUUUUGAUAUCCAAAAGCAACCUGAUACGUUACGACUAAAUAACAUCCUAGUAUAUAUACCCGAGUACUAUUACCGUUUCUAUUCUUUGUACAUACAACAUAAACAUGUAUUCCUCAUUCAUUAAAUAGCUAGACAUUAGAAGCAAGUCACCCAUGACUUUAAAGUUUGCCCCUAUUUACUUAUAAGUACCCAGUUAAAAACAGGUGAAGGUGUGUUUACAUGAUUUAAAAAAAAAGUCUAUUUCGCAAUUUGGAUGCAAAAUCCAAUUAUAGAUAUUACGCAGGAUAAAAAAAAGGAUUAUGCAUUAAAUAGUGAUAAUUUGUGUACGACUUAACUUAUUUUGUUGAAAAUGGAUAGACGACAGCGGUAUGAGGAGCAUCGACACGGCAAAGACCACCAUUACCGUGAUAAAAAUUCUUACGACAAUCCAGGCUACCACAGAGAUGAUAUAUACAGGCCUGAUUAUAGACAAAAAGACUAUUUACACCAAAACAUCAAUGUUUGGGAUCAUAAAAAUGUUCCUCAACCACAUCAAGGAUAUAUGUCUAGCUACCAUUAUGGAGAAACGCAGAGAACGGGUUCCGAUCAGCAUCUUCAUGGGAGUAUAUCAUCAGAUUCAACAUCAAAGUCGAAGUCUCGAAAAGCUAUAGCUAUUGCCAUAGGCAUAGGACUUUUAAUAGUUGUCGGUGGUGCAAUAGCAGUAGCUGUUUAUUUCACAAGUCUUUCGGAUGUUCAGACAACGACGGUCUCGACAAUAACAACUACGACACCUGUUCUACCUCAAGAGCUAAAAUUUCAAGGAAACAUAACAAUUGAUAACGAAUGGGACGACGCAUUAACAAACCAUUCUUCGCCUGUAUACAAGCAGAAAGCAGCAAAUGUUUCAAAUAUGAUAGACAAAGUCUACCAGUCUAGUGAGCUGAAAGAUAUAUAUAUAAGAAAUGAGGUAGAAGGCUUCAGACAAGGUAGUACCGAAGCAAUUAUUGAUAUCAUCUUCAAGAACCCUGCAGUAGUCAAAGAAGAUGUUUCAACAGCAGCGCCACCUGUUGUGAAGCUGGAUAACAAAAAAAUUGCUGACACAUUUGUUGAAAGUGUUCAGAAUGGUGUUGUUGAUGAGUACAAUGAAGUUUUUGAUAUUGACACAAAUACAGUAUCAUUUGCUGAUAUCACACCACCAGCCACAACAACAUCAAUAACAACAUCAAUAACAACAUCACAAGCAACAAAACCAACUACUACAACAACACCUACUACCACAACACCAACUACCACAACACUGACUACAACAACACCAACUACUACAGUGCCGACUACAACAACAUCAACUACCACAGCACCAACUACCACAACACCGACUACAACAACAUCAACUACCACAACACCGACUACAACAACACCAACUACUACAGUGCCGACUACAACAACAUCAACUACCACAGCACCAACUACCACAACACUGACUACAACAACACCAACUACCACAGCACCAACUACAACAACACCAACAACGACAACACCAACUACCACAACACCGACUACAACAACACCAACAACUACAGUGCCGACUACAACAACAUCAACUACCACAGCACCAACUACCACAACACCGACUACAGCAACAUCAACUACCACAACACCGACUACAACAACACCAACAACUACAGUGCCGACUACAACAACAUCAACUACCACAGCACCAACUACCACAACACCGACUACAACAACACCAACUACCACAGCACCUACUACUACAACACCUACAACCACAAUGCCUACUACCACAAUGCCGACUACUACCACAACAACCUCACCAACUACUACAACACCUCCUACCACAAUGACUACUGUUUCCAUUGAAUCUCUUGUUGUGUUCUAUGUACAAGUUCUCAUGAGAAACAUGACCUGGAUUCCUGCCUACAAUGACACUGGUUCAGCAGAGUAUCAAAACAUGCUUCAAACUGUUAACCAGAUGGAGGCCAACCUGAGACAAAAAAUGUUAUCUAUGGAUAGUUCACCUUCAAUGUCUGAAACAUCACCAAUAGCACAAAUCUUGUAUCGACUUGUCUUCAAAGGUGUCCGUCCAUUGAAUGGAAAUGUUGAAAUAAUGUUUAAUCUGGAGUUCAAAGGUCGUUAUGCUGAGAAAUCAAAUGGAACUCAAGUGAUGUUGGACUGGUUAGCCAUCAAAGACAUUGUAUCAGCUGGUCUAAAAAUAGAUAGAGAUGAUUGUAUCAUAACAGACUUAACACCAAUGACAACAACAACAGUUGUAAAGGAUUCGACACCAAAUACAACAACAGCCAAGCCUAACACAACAUUCUCUCAACCGCAUAACAUUUCUUCAACAACCAAAUCUGUCAACUUUUCAACACCCAAUACAACAACAGUUAUGCCUAACACAACAUUCUGGCAACCACAUAACAUGUCUUCAACAACCAAAUCUGUCAACUUUUCAACGCCCAAUACAACCACAGCCAUACCUAACACAACAUUCUGGCAACCACAUAAUGUGUCUUCAACAACCAAAUCUGUCAACUUUUCAACACCCAAUACAACCACAGCCAUGCCUAACACAACAUUCUGGCAACCACAUAAUAUGUCUUCAACAACCAAAUCUGUCAACUUUUCAACACCCAAUACAACCACAGCCAUACCUAACACAACAUUCUGGCAACCACAUAACAUGUCUUCAACAACCAAAUCUGUCAACUUUUCAACACCCAAUACAACCACAGCCAUGCCUAACACAACAUUCUGGCAACCACAUAACAUUUCUACAACUACCUCAAGCUCUGUUCCCAAUGGCACAGUGAUUUUCUCUGUACAACUUUUGAUGAUCAAUAUGACCUGGAUCCCUGCCUACAAUGAUACCAGUUCACUUGAGUAUCAACUGUUAAUGUUGGAAAUACAACAGAUGGAAGUUCAUAUGCAGCAAUACAUGUCAUCAAUGGGUAAUUCAACGUCCAUGUCCAGAUCUAUGCCUGUGUCACAGAUUUAUAAUGGUUUUCACCUUCAUAAAAUCAGUGAAUUCAGUGGCAAUGUUAUGAUAAUGUUUGACCUAGAGUUUAAAGCUCGUUACGCUAUGAUGUCAGAUGGUUCUAUGAUGACGAUGGAUAGCAAGAUGGUGGGAUAUAUUUUGUCAGAUGUAAUUAACGUAGACCAAAGUCAUAUGCAUAUUAAAGAUUUGAUGUCUGUACCACAGAGUACUACACCUACAAGUGCAGGAGGAAACAUCACUACAAUGGCUCCACCAAGUAAUACAACACUAACACCAGCACCAGUGCCAACUAUAAGUAACACAACUACACCAGGCAAUGUUCACACCAAUUUCACAACACCCUGGAGACCAACAAAUCACACCAAUUUCACAACACCCUGGCGACCAACAAAUCACACCAAUUUCACAACACCCUGGAGACCAACAAAUCACGCCAAUUUCACAACACCUUGGACACCAACAAAUCACACCAAUUUCACAACACCCUGGAGACCAACAAAUCACACCAAUUUCACAACACCCUGGAGACCAACAAAUCGCACCAAUUUCACAACACCUUGGACACCAACAACCCCAUUGCCAGAAGCUAUUUGUAUAGAAGCAAUAUCAGAUUACCAUAAUGCCUUGUGUAAACCAUUUGGCUUCAACUUAACAUCAUAUCCCAACUACCUUGGGCACCAGUCAGAAGCAGAGGUUUCACAGUUUGCAUUAUCAUUGCUUAAUUCAGCCAACUGUACAGGUUCUCUACCAGCAUAUGUAAUGAUGUGUUCAAUUUUGUCACCCUCUUGUGAAGCAGGACAAGUUAUACCACCAUGUUCUGAGCCAUGCACUAGUGUGGCCUUAAAUUGUGGAUUACAGAAUAUACCAGGACUAGAAGAUAUCCUUCCACUGUGUGCCUCAUUUCCUUCCUACUAUAGCGGUCUGCAAUGUAUUCAUUAUUUGGAUCUUAUUUCUUCAACACCAGUGCCAACUAUAAGUAACACAACUACACCAUCCAAUGAUUCAUAUGUUGAACAUCAUUUUGCCUCCUAUGGCUGGAUAGAGUCACCAAAUUACCCCAACAGUUAUCCUAAUUAUGCGAGAUAUGACUAUUCGAUAUUGAGUCCAUUGCUGCUACCAAUAACAUUGCAGUUCGUUGAUUUUGAAGUAGAGGCUUUAGGCAGCGGCUGUUACGAUUAUGUGGCAAUUUAUGAUGGGUCUUCACCACUUGAUACACAGCUUGCAUAUUAUUGUGGAAGUUCAAUACCAAACCCUGUUACAGCUUCAUCUGGAGAGAUGUAUAUUCAAUUCUAUUCAGACUAUACAGUAACUCAAAGAGGAUUUCAAGCUGUCUUUUCAGAUGCAUCAAUUCACACCAAUAUCACAACACCGUGGAGACCAACAGGUCACGCCAAUUUCACAACACCUUGGACACCAACAACAACAUCACCAGGAGGAGCGUGUGGUGGAUAUCACACUGGACUUACAGGAAGUUUUACAACACCAAAUUAUCCUGGAAGCUAUCCAAAUAAUCAGAAUUGUAAUUAUUAUAUUGUUGUCCCAAUUGGUUAUACAAUAGUGCUGACGUUUACUGACUUCAUAACAGAAAACUGCUGUGAUUAUGUGAAUGUAUAUGAUGGACUAACUAAUACUGAUUUGUUAUUGGUCAGCUUGAGAGGAGAUUUGAGUACACAAAGAAGAGUAGAGUCUACAGCCAACAAGAUGUUGGUUUACUUUCAUUCUGAUAGCAGCGUCAUUUAUUCUGGUUUCAGGGCCAUUUACACAGCAGACUUUGAGAAUUGUGCUAUAGACCAUGUGCAAUGCUCCACAAAUGCAUCUGAUUGUGUAUCUGUGUAUAAAUUGUGUAAUGGAUACCCAGACUGUGCUAAUGGAUUUGACGAGCAGCAUUGUCUCAACUAUACGAUACUAACUAGCACCCAAAGUACACCAUCAGUUAAUACUACCACCAUGACCACACUGAUGCCACACAAUGCCACUACAACAAGAAUAUCUACUACUCCUGUCGCUAGUAACAUAGAAGUGCGGCUUGUUAAUGGAUCUAACUGCUUGGAAGGAAGAGUAGAAAUCAAAAUAAAUGGAGUAUGGGGAACUAUAUCGACAUCUAAUGCACCAUUUAGUACCAGAGAAGCUGGCGUCAUCUGCAGAAUAUUAGGAUUCAGCGGAGAAGGUGCAAUACCAUAUCAGUAUGGAUAUUUUGGACAGGCAGAUAGCACAGUACCUAUAUGGUACACCUAUUUGUAUUGUACUGGUACUGAAUCGAGGCUGGAGGACUGUUCCAAACAAAAAUAUGCUGUUCUAAGCCAUUACUAUGAUGUGGGUGUGAGAUGCCAAGCAGGUAUAUCUGAGUUCUAUUGUUCAUUCAACUCUGAUUGUAUGUUUUUGUCAACUACAUCAUCAUCUGUGUACUGGCGAAGGUAUUCUGGUUGUACACCAUCCACUGCUACUGGUCCCUGCACUGAUCAUGACAAUAGCACUUCAAGUUAUUAUAUAUUCCUAGAAACCAGUAGUGGGUCAACUGGUAACUCAGCUUCACUGAACACAACAGCUACCUUUGAUUCAACUCCCAGAUGCCUUUCUUUCUAUUACCACAUGUAUGGUUAUACUAUAAAUGAGCUACAGGUUAAAGUUAGAAGUAGUACUGAUUGGAGUGGAAGCGUUGUUUGGUCUAGGAAGUAUGAUCAGGGAAACAUUUGGCAUUCUGCCAGUAUUGACAUUCAAGCUGUUUCAGCAUUACAGAUUCAGUUUAUUGGAAUCAGGGGUUCUUCAUACACUGGAGAUAUUGCUCUGGAUGAAAUUAAGCUUACGAGGGGAACAUGCGAUUCAAUAUCAGACUUUGUAUGCCCAGCAGAUGAAGAAGAACCAGGGGUUAACUGUACUUUUAGUAAUAAAGAGGCAUGCAACUAUACCAUUGAAAGUAUUGAAGGGGCUACAACAUGGCAGUAUAAAAGUUACUCUUCAUCAGAACAGAACUUACCUUCCUCUGAUGCUAGUGGCAAAUCUAUUGGAUAUUUCUACUACCAGAAUAAAAAUGGAAAUGAAGGAGAUUCCUCACGACUCCUGUCACCAAUCUUUACAUCAUCGUCUAUGUCAACAUUACAGUUUUACGCAUACUUUGGUGGCAGUGAUGUUGGUGCUCUACAAGUUUCCAAAAUUAAUGGCAAUGGUCAGAGAUCUUUAUUAUGGAAAAGAGAGGGGGAACAAGAUGAAGGAUGGCUUAUGUCCUGUGUCCCCCUUGCACAGGAAGGAGAAUUGUCGCUAGAGUUUGUGGCAUUGCGUAGCAGUGGUGAUGAAACAGUGAUCGCUGUUGAUAAUGUGACCGUCUCAGAUGAACCAUGUCAUUUUGGAAUAUCAGAAGAAAAAUGUAGAUUUGACCAACCAUUUAUCUGUGGAUACAGUGUGAACUGUUCCUGUACACUUCCAUCACACAAUUAUAAGUGGAUCAGACAUACUGGACCAACAAUGUCUAAACAGACUGGGCCGGACUCAGACAGUGAUGGAUAUUAUAUGUAUGCUGAAGCAACAUAUGGUAACCUUGGUGAUGCAACAGCCUUAACUUUCCCAGAAUUCAAAGCAAUAGGAAGUCAGAAGCUUCAGUUUAAAUAUCAUAUGCAUGGUAAUGAUACAGGCACAUUAUUGGUUCAAGCCAAAUAUAAGGGAGAUAAUUCUCUAACAAUAGUCUGGACUUUAACUGGUCCCCAGGUGAAUGAAUGGAAGCAGAUUUGCAUGCCCCUUAGUAUACCAGCUGGCACGGAUGUAGAGUUAAGUUUUGUAGCAAUCCAUGGAGAUGGUCCCCUUGGUGACAUUGCCAUAGAUGAUGUUCUAGUUACAGAAGAAGACUGCCCCCAUUUAGCAUCAUGUGACUUUUCCUAUGGGUCAUGUGGUUAUCUUGUUAGCUGGAAUGAUUACCGGGUGAAGUGGGUCAGAGGUCAAGUUAAUGAUGUUCCAAAUAACAACAUUGCAGGAAGCUACUUUUAUGCAACAAGUGACAAUUCGAAAGAAGGUAGUCAGACUUUUCUUUUCACAAAAUUUUUCAAAGCUUUUGGUACAGAGAGUGUUACAUUUGACUAUUUGAACUCUCGUUAUACAAAGUUUGAAGUUGGAUGGAUUAACGAACAAUCUGGUAAUACUACCAUGAGUAGCAUAGAAUAUAGUGACAUCAAUAUUUUACUUACAACAACUAGCCAAGCUGAUCAGUGGACAAAGAAAUGUAUAAAUUUGGGUGUCGUGACCGGGAAUAUAGCAAUAGUUUUUGUACAUACAACUACUGUUUGGAACACUCAGAUAACUGCUGUGGAUAAUGUUGAAGUAUCAACAGAUGGUUGUAACGAUGGUAUCUAUGAAUCCACAUGUGGAUUUGAUCCCUCUGAUUUGUGUGGAUAUAACAUUGUGACACCAGAUAACUGUCCUACAGUAUACACAUACAGAUGGACUGUUAACAACACUAAUGGCAAUAGUUUUUUGAUUGCCAAUGGAUUACUAGGAGAGGAAGGGGAUACAGCAUUGAUAGAAUUUCCGAAUAUCUCAAUAUCAUCCAGAAUGUACCUUCAUUUCAAAUAUAUGAUAAGCAAUUGGAACAGUGCUCAAAACCUGAUGUAUUCCAUCAGUAAAGACGACAGUUUUACGUCAGUGAUGACAACUAAGUCAAUUCUAGCUGCAUGGCAGACAUACUGUGUUAGGGUUUCAUCUCCAAGGGAGGUUACUCUGAGAUUUAAGGCUGACAAAACUCAAAUGAAUAACCAUACAGAUGUAUAUGUGGAUGAUGUUGUGUUGUCAGCUAAAAGCUGUCCAAUUAAAUCCUUGACCUGUGAUUUUGAUGACUCAGCGCUAUGUGGAUACUACAUGUCUGAUUCCUGGAAGAGAAAAGAGCAUGCCAACAAGAAAGGAGAUUUUUACAUGUCAGUCACAGCAACCAGUUACAAAAGAUCCUCGUUAGUUUCACCAAACCACCUUGACUCAAGUAAUACCCAGUGUUUACAGUUCAAUUACACGUUCACAGGAAGUUCAAAUGCUCAUCUUACAUUGAUACUCAAUAGAGAAAACUCAGAAUCUACUAGAGUCAUCUUACAGGGAACCAGUACAUGGAAAAGCUUCCAGUACCAGACAGUGGAACAGUUUGAUUUCAUUAAUUUUGAUCUAGCUCCAUUUUCAAGGAGUUCAUUCGGUAUUGAAACAGCUGGAGUUGAUAAUAUAUCUGUAUCACCAGGAAUUUGUCCCCCUAUUGAUUGCGAUGCUGAUGAACAUAGAUGUGCCUCUAGGCUCCAAUGUAUUCCACAAUCUUCAGUUUGUGAUGGUAUACAAAACUGUAAUGAUGGCAGUGAUGAGAAAUCUUGCGAUUCCUCCAUCUCUUGUGAUUUUGAGUCUGUCAGGGCUUGUGAAUACAACAUAACAGGCAAUUACAUCAGCAGGGUCAAUGACUCAAAUGGCAAUCAUCACAUAUAUGUCUCCAUGGCUGGUUUCCACUUACUUCGCUCUCAAAUGGAAAAUAUUCCUACCGUGUCUUGUCUGUCAUUCUUGACUCAGUCCUAUCCCUUUACUUAUGGUCACUUGAGACUGGCACUCCAAGAUACAGACGGUCUUGUCACACCAUUGUAUAUGAUCGAUAGAAUGAUUAGAACUGCAUUCUGGAUAAAGUACAAGACAACUGUUCCAAGUGGAAAUUUCAGUGUGAUAUUUGAGAUGUUCUUCCCAUCUAACAAUUGGGGAGGUUUACGAAUUGAUGAUAUUGUUUUACAGCCAGGGGAAUGUAUGGAAGGUUGUGGUGAUGGAUAUUUUAACUGUUCAGUGGAUAACCUGUGUAUACCUCAGGAGUAUGUAUGUGAUAGACAGUGGUCAUGCUCUGAUGGGCAGGAUGAACAAAACUGUGACUAUAGUAUAAGUUGUAAUUUUGAGGAAGACCAUUUAUGUGAAUACAACACUGGUUCAUGGAGAAAGAGAUCCGGCGUAAUUUAUCCAGAAUUUUACCUGGAGGAUCACACCUUUCACAAUUCUUCUCAUGAAGGAUCCUUUAUUUACACUGGUGAUUUGGAUGGAUUAUACUAUGACAAAGAAAUGACUUCUCCCUACCUCCAAACCAAUACGCCAAUGUGUGUAGAAUUUUUCUAUAUUGUUAUCCGACCUCAUGAAUAUUCAUCAGUAAUUUUGACAGUUCAUCAGAACACUUCUAACAUGAACAAUGAAGUCUUUUCAUUGGUUGAAUAUAGGACAGAUGUUAACCUACAGUGGCAUAGAGGGGAAUUCCCUGUAGCUGCCGGUGUGUUUAGUUUGAGGUUUACUGCUGGAGGUCAUAGGUCAGUGGUAGCUAUUGACGAUGUUCUGUUAUAUAAUGGAAGUUGUGCAGAGGUAGAUUUCACAACUCCAGAUGUAUGGCACACCACAGAGGCAGGACUAGAAACGACUGCUGAAAAUCAACAUGGACCAACUCCUGAAUCAGAACCAGAAAAUGGACCAACUCCUGAAUCAGAACCAGAAAAUGGACCAACUCCUGAAUCAGAACCAGAAAAUGGACCAACUCCUGAAUCAGAACCAGAAAAUGGACCAACUCCUGAAUCAGAACCAGAGAAUGGACCAACUCCUGAAUCAGAACCAGAAAAUGGACCAACUCCUGAAUCAGAACCAGAAAAUGGACCAACUCCUGAAUCAGAACACAUGACAACUACUAUAUCUGAACCUGAACAUGGACCAACUACUCUAUUAGAAUACAGACCAACUACUCUAUUAGAAUAUAGACCAACAACAGAAUUUGGAACAACAGCCUCAGUGUCAAAAUCAUCAUUUCAAGAUGGAUGUCUCAUCCAUAACACAUACAUAUGCUCUAGUGAAUUUGGAAUGAACUUUACAUCAUACCCAAAUGUUUUUGGUCAGAAGGAUCACUUUGAAGCAUUAAAUCAAUGGUACACUUGGGCUUAUUACCCCUACGAUUCCUGUAGUAUGGUGUACUCACACACAAUGUGUGCUUUAUUAUUUCCAACCUGUCAGAAUGGUACAACUCAACAGAUAUGUCGACAAAGUUGCCUAGAUGCCUUCCACAUCUUACAUUUUGGAGUGUGUAGUCACCACCAGAUAUCGAACAAUUACAAUCUGGUUUACUACUGUAAUCUGUUACAGGACGAUGAUGAUUGUAUAAAGUUACCAGACUAUGUAGGAAAUAGUAGUACAGUAUCUAGUCAAUCAACAACUAAUUCAACUAGUACAACACCUAGAACUACUACCUUUGGAACAACAAAGAUAUCCCAUAUGGAUAUACUACCAAUAACUAAUAUGACUUCCGGUAUUCAAGGGAUCGUGGAAAUUGUUAUCAACGGACAGUUUGGUUAUGUGUACUGUUAUGAGACAACAUACUGUCCAUCUCUAGUCUGUCAGUAUCUAGGAUAUUCGGCUGGAUCAGUAGUAGGAAGUUAUUCUGAAUACGAUAUUCCAAAACAGCUUGUACAAUGUUCAUCGACGUCAAAGCAUCUCUCUGACUGUACCAUUUAUCGAACGAGUAAUUAUUAUAUAACUGGAAUAAGAUGUGUUGAUGCUGUUCAGACUGGUGCAAUAGACUGUAAGUUUGGUUGGAACAAUCAGGGAACCUGUUCCUACACAGUCAAUAAUGUCGGCACUGGAUGGUCACAUCAAAAUUAUGCUUUUGUCUUAUAUUCUUACAAUGGAAAUGUAUCAUCAAAAUUAAUAUCCAACAUGUUCACAACUCCAUCUAGUGGAAGUGUAUUCCUAAAUUUGACAAUUGAAGAUCAGUCAGUACAGUUACAUGUCCAACUUAAGACAGUGGAUAUGACCUAUGACCUUGGAUAUACAGAACAUGGAGAUUUAAGUGCUUGUUUUGAUUUACCGUCAUCAGUACGUGGUAACUUGGUUAUAACAGGAAAAACUACUUAUUCUUUUUACCGAUCUUAUACGGUUGCAUAUGUUUAUGAGAUAAAAGUUAACCAGCAAGAAAUAUGUCCAAAGCCUUUCCCCUAUAGUGUAUGUGAAUUUGAUAAAAAGUGUCCAUGGGACAUAGAAUGCUCUACAAGAAUAGCUGAUCCAAUACCAUUCCAAUGGGUUUGGACAGGUUAUAACACUUCUUUGUCAGAUGCUGGUAUAUAUCUAACAGCAGAUGCAUCAUUUGGAAGACUUGGUGACAAGGCCAAAUUUACAUUACCACUCAAUGCCACAACCAGCCAUAACCUGAAAGUUAAAUAUAGAAAUACUGGCAGCAGAAAUGAUAGCUCUGGAUCUUUAGAGGUUAAUUUGAACCACAAUGGAGUAACAAAACAAAUAUUUAUGAAAGAUCAUUUGGACACCUUUGGAUCAUGGGAAUCAGCUUGUGUGCCAAUGUCAAAGUUCACAGCAGGGGAGAUAAUCAAUGCUGAACUAGAAUUUGUUGCCACUAGAGGAACCUCAUAUUCUGAUGAUAUAGAAGUAGAUGACGUUGAACUGAUAGGAAAUGAAUGUCCACAUUUUGCUUCUUGUGAUUUCCAGUCUGCAACAUUCUGUCAUUACACCAGAACAUCAGAGUCAAGAUUUGCAUGGAAUUGGGGAACAUACAAUCUGAUGCAAGACUAUUCUCUGAGACAGUAUGCACCAAGAGUAGAUCAUACAGAAGGUACCAGUUCAGGAGGUUACAUGUAUACUUCAACAUGUUUGCCCAACACAAAUGAAGGAAACAUUGCUAGUCUUACCACCCUUCCGUUUGAGGUGCAGUCAUCCAAACCAAUGAAGGCGUCUUUCUAUUACCACAUGAAUGGACUCAACAUGGGCACAUUCAAAGUUUACGUAAACCAACACAGUAAUUCUGUUGUCCAAUCAUCCAUGGUAUUUUCAAUGGCUGGUAGUCAGAGUGAUGAAUGGUAUUAUUCCUGCGUGAAUCUACCAUCUGGUAAUGCAACAGUGACAUUUUCGGCUGUUUUGGGUGACGGAUGUGAUUCUGUAUUUGCUGUAGAUGAUGUGGUGAUUUCCGAGGGAAUGUGUAAAGAACGUCUGAAUGAAGUAACAUGUAACUUUGAGGGGACCAACACUUGCCAGUACUCCUCCAAUUGUACCAUAGGGUCUAAAUAUCAAUGGUCCAGACAGCAAAGUAAGACUCCAUCAGACAACACAGGACCAUAUGGUGAUGCUUAUGGGAGUCUUGGAGGACAUUUUAUGUAUGUUGAGAGUUCCCAUGGACAACCAGGCGAUACAACCUACUUAUCCUUCCCAUCAUUCACCAGUAAUAAUCCCAGUAGUUUAUAUUUCUCCUAUCACAUGUUGGGAGAGGAUAUUGGUACAUUGGACAUCAUGUCACAGAACACUGGUACAUCAACUGUUACUCAGCUUUGGACAAAAACAGGGGAGCAGGAUAUGUCAUGGAUUAAAGGAUGUGUCACCUUACCAACUGACACUGAGCAGAAUAUUUAUUUUGUGGCGACCAAAGCUUCAGGAUUUAAGGGAGAUAUUGCAGUAGAUAAUAUUUUUGUUAUGGAUGGUAGUUGCCCAGAGACCAAUGUGCCAUGUGAUUUUGAGGAUAAGACUUUCCUAUGUGGUUACAGAAAUAACACAAAUCUGUUAGAGGAUGGUGGUUGGAAAUCUGUAUCAUAUGAUUCAGAUAAUAUGGCUGCGGCAGCUAGUUCAGAUACUGGAAGGUUUUUAUAUUGUGAUUCAAGUAUGGCCCAAGACGGAUGCAGUCUAUUAUCACCAAUUUUAUCGAUAACUGAGAAAUCCUGUAUAAGUUUUGAUUACUAUACAAAGUUUCUGACUGGAUAUAAUGCUUCAUUAUCUGUAUAUAUGAUGUCCUACCAUUUUGGAAAAUUUCUCUUUACACCUACCUGGAGUAUGAGAAGUGACUCAGGGACAGCUUGGAAUAUAGGACAGUUUGAAUAUACAGGAAAUUUAACAGAUGCCUCAUUAAUCAUUGACAUGCAACUUGGACAGGCUGGAAUUGACAAUGUCAAUAUCGUACCAGGGGAUUGUCAAGAGAUAUCAUGUCCAGGACAGUUUAGUUGUGGUGACUAUUGUAUAGAUCUGAGUAAAGUUUGUGAUCUCAAUUUUGACUGUGACGAUCAUUCAGAUGAAACAACAUUGUGUAAUAGAACCAUAAGUUGUGACUUUGAAGACAAGUUCCGGUGUGGAUAUUACAGCAGUGAUAAUGUAAUGGAGUCAAAACAAGUUAUCUAUCAAGAAUUUAUCUAUGAUCAUACAUACGGCAAUAAAGCAGGCACAUUUUAUGGAAUUGUCAGUUAUGCAGGCAGCAAUUUCAACUUCAACUCUCCAGCAGAAGACAUUACAGUCCCCUCAUGUCUAUCACUAUAUUAUAUAGGCCAUGUAAAUUUAUUUACUUUUGAGGUUAAAUACCUUGACCUUGGGGUCAUAUCCAGAAAUAGAACAUCCAACAGCACUUCCAACAGCACAAUGUUUGCUGAUUCUACUUUGACAAAUUUGUCCAAUGUUUGGAAACCAGCUCAGAGGGCCAUUGAACCUGGAAGGAUUGAAAUCAGCUUUCAUUUAUAUGAUUAUGCCUAUGAUGUGAAAUACUUUGGAAUAGAUGAUGUUAAUAUAAUCCCUGGAGAUUGUCCUCCAUUGGUUUGUCCAACUGGUCUGGCUCCCUGCCAUAAAGAUGGUAUAUGUAUUAAGGAGAAGAUAGAAUGUGACAAGAUUUCCCAGUGUCCCUCUGGUGAAGAUGAAGCAGACUGUCCCAUUAGCAUAAGCUGUGACUUUGAACAGCCUUACGGAUGUGGAUAUUUGUUUGGUAGCUAUAUUUGGAGAGAUGCUUUUGUUCACCAUUUGCCAGCAGUUGAUCACACCAUGGGUGCUGAUAAUCACACAGGUCACUACAUGUUUUACACAUAUGACACCACACGAACAGCAACUUUGACCUCUCCCCCUUAUCUGACGACACCUGGAGGCUGUGUUAAAUUCUAUUACAACAUGGAAGGAGGCGUAUCAGCAGAAUUGAAAGUUUAUACAAAUAAAGAUGGAACAAAGCAGCUGGUGUUUUAUGCCAAUGGAAUCUAUGUGGAGACUGAUGAAUGGUUGGAAGGAUCUUUUGAACUUCCUGCAGGGGAGACAACUAUUGAGUUUGUUGCCUAUGGUGACACUUCCUUUUUGGCACCUGCAAUUGUUGCUAUUGAUGAUGUAACCUUGAUAGAAGGACAGAGUUGUCCAAAUCCUAGCUGUGAAAACAGUAUAAAUACAUUUUCCUGUAAGAGUUCAGGAGUAUGUAUCCCAGAAUUCCUUGUCAGAGAUGGCUAUCAUGAUUGUUUGGAUGGAUCUGAUGAAGCUUUGAAAACUGACACAGACGACAGUUCAAACUCCACAAGAAAUUCCACAAAUGUGUUGAGUGCAUGUACAUUUGAAAUAGCAACAGAACCAUUUUGUCUCUUCUACAAUAACCAGAGUCAAGGCAAUGCUGGCUGGAUAAGGCAUCUAGGUGGAACAUCUUCAACAGACACAGGACCAGAUAGUGCUGUGAUGGGUAGUUAUUACAUGUAUAUAGAAACAUCUAACAUGGCAACAGGGCAGUAUGCUAACUUGACCUCUAGUGUUCUGAAUCCAGAUACACAGAUGUGUUUGUCAUUCUAUUAUCACAUGUAUGGCGCUAGUAUUGGAAGAUUAGAUGUGAUACUUUCAACACCAUUUUCAAAUCAGACAAUAUUUACAAGGUCCGCCUCACAGGGGAAUCAAUGGUAUUUCCAGAAGCUGUAUAUUCAACCAGCAGCUAACUUAAAGAUUAAUUUUAAUGGUGUUGAUGGAAGUAGUUACCAAGGAGAUAUAGCAUUGGACCAUAUCAUGUUGUUUUCUGGAGAAUGUGAUAAUUCCACAGUUAUAAAUCUAAGCGAUGACUUUAAUCCAUCAGUUCAUUUGGUUGGUGGACAAACCAGGGCUUCAGGUCGCUUGGAAAUAAAGCCAACUACUUAUGGUGUAUAUUCCCCUGUCUGUGCAAAUAAUUGGGAUGAAGAUGAUAGUAAAGUGACUUGUCGACAGCUAGGUUACAAUAAUUCAAGAAUGCACAGCAAAUCAGAAUAUGGUAAAGGAAGGACAGAGAGACCAGGGUUUGGUUACAGGUUUUUCUGUGAUGGCACAGAAGCCAAUCUGACAGAAUGUGCCAAUGAUUUAGUUUCCUGCUCAUCAAGCAAUACGGAUAUAGUGGCUAUUGAGUGCUCUAAUACAGAAUGUUUUGAGAAUGAGUUCAAUUGUGGUGACCCUAAUUCUACAUGCAUAUCUUUGGAUCUUCUGUGUAACGGAAAUGUGGAUUGUCCAAACUUGGCAGAUGAACAAAACUGUGCUACAUGUGGUAGUGAUGAGUUUGAAUGCAGUAACCAUGAAUGUAUACCACUAAUGAAUCGCUGUGAUGGAGUUCCACAGUGUUCUGAUAAAUCUGAUGAAUAUAGAUGUGUUAAACGACAAGACAAUGGUCAAGUAUCAGUAUAUACAGAUGGUGCAUGGACACUAUUGUGUUAUUUAAAUGAUCAGAUACUAGCAGAAUAUCUCUGUAGCAUCACUGGAUAUGGACCAUACAGUAGUUACUCUGCUGGAGUAUCAAUAACUAAUGGGUUUCUGGCACAGUCUGCUUCCAAUCCUACCGGUAUCAUCACAAACUAUGUGUUAAACACUCAAAUGUCUUGUAGUGCUUUAACAAUUCAGUGUGGAAACAUUGAAUGUGGAGUUCCAUCAGUUUCCUCGACCUCCGUUGGAUCCUACAUACUCUUUGGAAAUGAUGCUAUACCAGGAGAGUGGCCAUGGCAAGGUCUGUUUUUUAUGGAUGGAAGUUCUGGAUGUGGUGCAACUUUAAUCAGCCCGUACUAUGCCAUUACUGCAGCACAUUGUGUGGAGAGUUGGACCAGUUAUAUGAUUCAUGUAGGUGAAGUAAAAGAAUCAGAAAUGCUUGGAGCAAGUGAUGAUGGACAAAGAUUAAAUGUAGCUCAGGUAACUGCUCACCCAGACUAUCGAGGAUACAGUAAUAGUUACCUGUCGGACAUUGCCAUUGUAAGACUGUCACAGCCAGCUAAUUAUAACAACUAUGUAAGACCUGCCUGUCUGGCCACAGAAGUCAAAGAAAGUUUUGAAAACUGUUACGUCACAGGCUGGGGAUAUAGAGAAGACAUAGAUUUUGCUCCAGUGCCAGACAACCUACAAGAAGUUAGAGUUGAUAUUAAUGUAGAUGUAGACAGAUGUAACAAGAGUAUUCAGACUAACAUAGGAAUUAAUGUACCUGCUACUGGUAUCUGUGUAGAAAACAAGAAUCCAUACUCUCCAUCCUGUCAUGGUGAUUCUGGUGGUCCAUUAGUAUGUCAAAACAAAUAUGGACGAUGGGAGUUAGUGGGUGUAACCAGUUUUGGGAAGCCUUAUUGUCGUGGAGACCAAAUCCCAGCCAUUUAUCAGAGUGUACCAUAUCAUAUUGACUGGAUUAUACAACAGACAGGUAUACAGAUAAACAUGGCAAACACACCAACACCUCCACCGGGUCCCUGAUCAACCAUAGGACCAUGGACCAUUGGAAAACAUUCCUUAAACCAAAGAAUUAGUUUGCUGUUACUUACAAUCAAAUAUUUAUUGUCUACACACCUUUAAAAUUUGUGCUUUAAAAAGUCAUAGAAUGUAACUCUUGACUUGAAUGAGGGUAGACUCAUAUUACAGCUUUCUUCAUGUUUUUCUGACAGUGCCAUUAUGUUUAUAUAUGUACUGAUACAUUUUUUUAUUAUUUAUUAUGAAAUUGAAUACUGUGUAUUUAUUAUCAUUUGUGGGGAACCAAUUAUUAUCAUUUGUGGGGAACCAAUUAUUAUCAUUUGUGGUGUACCAAUUAUUAUCAUUUGUGGAUAUAGGUAAACUAUGAAUUAAAAUGUUCAACGAAGUAUAAAUUUUCUAUAGGCUUGUAUGCAGACUUUGGCAAAACCUCAAAAUCAAACAUCUACAGAAAUACAAUAUUUCCUCAAUCCACUAAAACUGGUAACCAAGUAAAUGAAUGAAUCAGCAGCUUCAUAUGUUUGAUGUCAUUCACUCAUUAUGUUAUCAAGAAGAUCAGCAUUUAUUUGUAUAUCUAUACAUUUUUUAUUUUAUUAUUUUUAAAAGGCGUUAUAGGUUAAUUUGUUAAGGAAAUUCAGCCUAAAAAUUAUAUAAAAGUCAAAAAUUAUUUAAUACAUAUAUAUACUUCCUCUGUAAUUAGGUCAUAAUAUAUUCUAGUAUAUAUUUGAUAGAAUAAGUCAUUUUAAAUCAUUGAAUAUAAAACUUUCAAGAAAAGUUUAUCAAAAAUAGAUCAUGGAAAGUUGAAAUAAAUUUUUUCUCUAUCUAGGAAAUUUGCUAUUAAUUUGAUCUUAGUCUCCUUAUCUUUUUUUCAAUGGUCUGAUGGUUUGAUUUUUUUUUCUUUCCUAUUGUUUUAACUAUUUAGGAGUUAUAACCUGUCAACCCCUGAAGCAAAAAAUAAAUCCAUGACCUGCAGUUUUCUUCAGAAUUUUGUCAUGACAUAUAAAAUCCUUUGCUCCUUUUUUGCUCAUAAUUUAAUAUAAUUUACUAUUUGAAAAUUAUCAAUGUAUGUUCGAUAAAGGCCUGUCAUAUUACUAUUUAAGCUAAAUAAUGUCUGUAUUUGUGAAUAUUAUCACUGAUUCAGGAGUUUCUGAAAAUGACUUACCUCAUACUGGACUCCAGCCAAUUAAUAAUCAAAACAAAAGUUAAAACAACUUUCAGUUUAAAUUUUUUUUUUUGCCCCACAGAAGGCAAUAUUUAAUGAAGUCUUGAUUCAGUUGAAUUCUUGGUUUUAACCUGCAUUAAUCAUCUGGUAAAUUGACUGGUAUCCUGGAAAUACACUAUAAUAAUGUAUUAGAAAAAUAUUUUUGGGAUUGUUAAUAAAUGUUUAUUCAAUAGAAAAACAAAGGAUAUAGCAGAAUUAAGGUGGUACCAAACACCUUGACUAAAAUUAGUUUGGCUCAUUUAAUUUUCAUAAAAUUUUGACAAAAUAUUUACUUUGACCCUUUGACAAUAAUAUAAAAAUUUCAAAAAACUUGAACCACACACUUUAUUGGUAAAAAUUUCAGUUUGACAAACACUAAUUUUGAUCAUUGAGAAGCUUAAUAUUUCCUUCAUAGUAGAAAGUGAUUAAAACGUUCAGCUGAUUUUUACAAAGUUAUCUCCCUGUAGUGUUAUAUAUGUACCAUCUUAAUAAACAAAAUUUGAAACAGAAGAAAACAAAGAAAAAAAAUAAUCAGAAAAUUGGAAAUGUAAGGAAGAAUACAAUUAUAUUUUUGUUAUCAUAUUUUUAUUUUGAAACAUGAUUCAUCUCUAACUUUUGCCAACAAAUCAUUAUAAUCAUCAAUAAUUAAUAUAUAAGGUUUUAUUAUAGAUUUUUAUCACAUUUAUGUUUUGUAAAUAUUAUCGUAAUUAACCACAACAGAGGUAUUAUAUGAUGUAAAAGGUGCUUUCAUCAUUACUAAAAAAAAUUUAGUUCUGAAACGGGUUUUGAAAUGAUUACAUAAGCUAACAUCAAUGACAUUGUCUAGGAAAAUUGUGAUACACAUAUCAUCUAUGGUCUUUCAACAUGCCCUAAAAUGAGAUUGUAGCCAAAAACUCCUUUUGAUUAUUUAGGGCCAUGGAUCACCUAUAAUUCCUAGAUCAGACUUCAAACAGUUUUAAUGACAAGAUACUGGAAAACCACGAGUUUAAAUCAUAAGAAUCUCGUCAUAAGUUCUCUGAUGUUAUAUUAAUACUUAUCUGUAGUAAAAUAUAGUGUAGUGAUGUUUAUAUGUAAUUUUUUUCAAUAAUUGUGUUGGUUGGUUGACUUUUUAUUGUAUCUUCUUUAAUUCAGGGGAAGAUCCAUAGGUGGUCCAAGGGGCCCUUGGGUCAGUUUUUUUUCUGAUUUUCGAUUGACAGGCUUCCUUUUUGAAGAUCUUGGUAUUUCCAAAAACUAAAAUUUACAAUGUAAUAACAUAUAUUUUAGAUAGUAACUUAUACUAGUGUUUUUCAAAUCUUUGAAAAAUGAUAAUGAUUUUUCUUUGUUUUGCAUAAUACAUGAGUUUGACUUAUCACAAUCAUGUACAUAUAUCUCCAUCAUAUCAUUUGACAUGCAUCCUUUGUUAUUACAUUUAUUGUUAAGAACAGCUGGGCUGGUCCUAGUCUGUUCUCAGUUUUAUAGUGUGUGACUAUUUUAUAUUACAGUUAUAAUCAAAAUAUAUAUUUUAAUAAUAAAGCAUAUAUUCGUCUUCUA